UCCAUAAUCGUACAAAUCUAACACGAAGUAAAACUGCGCCUCUCCGGGGAGAAACUACAACUUCCAGGGUUCCGCGGAUUGAAGGCUUGGGCUGUUCUCGGAGGCAAACUACAAUUCCCAGAAUUCCGUUAACCAAGGGGUGGUUCUGGCCUAGGGUCCGAGCAGCUGAGCUCGCGAGCCUGCGCACGUGCACUGUCUGCCGCGCCGGGCUCGCCAGCCAAGCAGGCGCAAGGCGGGCACCCACGAGCCUCGGCGGCGGCGGCGGCGGCGGUAGGGUGGGUGCCGCGGGACCUGCCCUCCAUGCCUGGUCGUCCCGGGCUCAGGGCGGGGUCAGGAGGCGGCAGCGGCGGCUGAUUCAGCCAAAGCCGACUACGACUACGCGGAGGGCCCACCGGGACGCUUCAACGCCACGGAGCCCCGCCUGCGGGCUGCAGGCUUUUGCCGAUCGUCCGCGUGCCCGCAGAGAUGGGUCGAGCCCGCCAGGCCCGUGGCACUGCCCGGGGGCUGUCCUGUCACUAGGGCCCCGUGGUGGCAUUAGGAUGCACCUGUCGGCGGUGUUCAACGCCCUCCUGGUGUCCGUGCUGGCAGCGGUCCUGUGGAAGCACGUGCGGCUGCGUGAGCAUGCGGCCGCUCUGGAGGAGGAGCUGGCCCUCGGCCGCCAGGCCCCAGAGCCGGGCCCCGCGCUGAGGAUCGACUACCCCAGGGCGCUGCAGACCCUGAUGGAGGGCGGCACACACAUGGUGUGCACGGGCCGCACGCACACUGACCGCCUCUGCCGCUUCGAGUGGCUGUGUUACUCCAGCGAGGCCGAGGAGUUCAUCUUCUUCCACGGCAACGCGUCCGUCAUGCUGCCCAACCUGGGCUCCCGGCGCUUCCAGCCGGCCCUGCUCGACCUGUCCACCGUGGAGGACCACAACACCCAGUACUUCAACUUCGUGGAGCUGCCGGCCGCCGCCCUGCGCUUCAUGCCGAAGCCCGUGUUCGUGCCCGACGUGGCGCUCCUCGCCAACCGGUUCAACCCCGACAACCUCAUGCACGUCUUCCACGACGACCUGCUGCCUCUCUUCUACACCCUGAGGCAGUUCCCCGGCCUGGCCCACGAGGCCCGGCUCUUCUUCAUGGAGGGCUGGAGCGAGGGCGCACACUUUGAGCUCUACAAGCUCCUCAGCCCGAAGCAGCCACUCCUGCGGGCACAGCUCAAGACGCUGGGCCGGCUGCUGUGCUUCUCCCAUGCCUUCGUGGGUCUCUCCAAGGUCACCACGUGGUACCAGUAUGGCUUCGUCCAGCCCCAGGGCCCGAAGGCUAACGUCCUGGUCUCGGGCAACGAGAUCCGGCGGUUCGCACGGUUCAUGAUGGAAAAGCUGAACGUGAGCCGGGCAGGGGCUCCCCUAGGCGAAGACUACAUUCUGGUCUUCAGCCGUACCCAGAACAGACUCAUCCUGAACGAGGCAGAGCUGCUGCUGGCACUGGCCCAGGAGUUCCAGAUGAAGACGGUGACGGUGUCCCUGGAGGACCACGCCUUUGCAGAUGUCGUGCGGCUGGUCGGCAACGCCUCCAUGCUGGUCAGCAUGCACGGGGCCCAGCUGGUCACUGCCCUCUUCCUGCCCCGUGGGGCCACUGUGGUCGAGCUUUUCCCGUAUGCUGUCAAUCCCGACCACUAUACGCCCUAUAAGACGCUGGCCACGCUGCCUGGCAUGGACCUCCAGUACGUAGCCUGGCGGAACAUGAUGCCAGAGAACACAGUCACGCACCCUGAACGGCCCUGGGACCAGGGGGGCAUCGCUCACCUAGACCGGGCGGAGCAGGCCCGUAUCCUGCAGAGCCGCGAGGUCCCGCGGCAUCUCUGUUGCCGGAACCCUGAGUGGCUCUUCCGAAUCUACCAGGACACCAAGGUGGACGUCCCAUCCCUCAUCCAGACCAUACGGCGCGUGGUAAAGGGCCGGCCGGGGCCGCGGAAGCAGAAGUGGACUGUCGGCCUCUACCCAGGCAAGGUCCGGGAUGCGCGGUGCCAGGCGUCAGUGCAGGGCGCCUCCGAGGCGCGCCUCACCGUGUCCUGGCAGAUCCCGUGGAACCUCAAGUACCUGAAGGUGAGGGAGGUGAAGUACGAGGUGUGGCUCCAGGAGCAGGGCGAGAACACCUAUGUGCCUUACAUCCUGGCCCUGCAGAACCACACCUUCACCGAGAACAUCAAGCCUUUCACUACCUACUUGGUGUGGGUCCGCUGCAUCUUCAACAAGAUCCUCCUGGGACCCUUUGCAGAUGUGCUGGUGUGCAACACGUAGCGAGCGUGCCGUGGCCAGGCCUGGGUGGGGGUGUGGCUCCUCCAGCUCAGUGGCCCUGGGCCCACUAGCCCCGUGUGGCGGCUUCUGGGAAUUGUUUAUUUAUUGAGCAGGCCUGCCCCAGGCUUGUGCCCCCAUGUCAUCUUACUGCAUCUGGAGUGUGGGGUCCACAGUCCUCUUUGCCCUGGUACGAUGGGACCCUCCCAGCCCCCUUCUCCCAUCCUGAGCAUCCAGACCGUGGAGAAGGUCCUUAGCGGGAGGAGGAGAAGGAAGAAGGAAAGUAAGAACCCUAAGGAGCCUCUGGCCGAGUAAUCGUGCCGUUCCCUACUGAAUCUUUCUGGUUGAUCUCCAGGUGUUUGGAAACUGUGAGUAGUAGUAGAUCACGUGGUUGCUUGGGUGGGUGGUUCAUCAGCUUCCGUCAUCAUGAAAUUCGCCUGUAGCACAGUGAAGGUGCGUGUGGAACAUUCAUUAAAUGAUUAUAAACA